AAUAUUCCGAGAAAUUCUAUAAAUCGAACGGGGCGUUACAAUUGCACUCCCUUUGCCUCAGCUGACGAGGAAGUCUGUAAAGUUCGAGUGGACAACCAUUGUGAGUUGAGUUUUCAGGAGCUGAAAAGGAGACUUACGACGGCACCAGUGUUGACUAUUCCAGAUCCUUCUUGGAGCUUCACCAUCUAUAGUGAUGCUUCGAGGCAGGGUUUGGGAUGUGUACUUAUGCAAGAUGGCCAGGUUGUUGCUUAUGCGUCACGCCAGCUUAAAACACAUGAACAGAACUAUCCGACGCAUGACUUGGAAUUAGCUGCAGUUGUUCAUGCUCUCAAGAUUUGGCGACACUAUCUAUACAGCG